AAGUCUUGCUCUAUCACCCAGGCUAGAGUGCAGUGGCCCAAGCUCAGCUCACUGCAAUCUCCACUUCCCAAGUUCAAGCGAUUCUCCUGCCUCAACCUCCCGAGUAGCUGGGAUUACAAGCGCCCAACACCAAGCCUGGCUAUUUUUUUUUUUUUUUUUUUUUUUUUUUAGUAGAGAUGGGUGCUGGGAUUACUGUGCCCAGCCCACAUAAAAUUUUUCUAAUUGCACAUUUAAAAAAACAUAAAAUGCAAAAGACAAAAAGAGUUUGGGAAAAAAUACUGCAAUGUAACUGACAGAUGGUUAAUACCCUUAAUGGACAAAGAUGUUAAUAUCUCUAAUGUAAUAUCCCUAAUGUACAGUGUAACUGACAGACUGUUAAUAUCCCUAAUGUACAAUGCAAUUUGUACACUGUUUACAAAUUGAUAAGAAAAGGAAAAAUCAUCCCAAAGAAAACUGGACAAAGGAUAUGAACAUUUGCAAAAGAGAAAAGCCAAAUGGCCAAUAGACCAAAACAAUCCUCAAUUGCACAAAUAGUCAGAAAAACACAAAAUUAAAGACAGCAUCAACAUCCAGCGCUAGAGGGGAUUUGCCUUAAUGAACUUAAUGAUUUUGCUGGUAGGACUAGGAAACUUUAUAAUCUUUUGGGGGAAGGAAUUUGGCUAUAUCUAUUCAGUAAUGAAACACCGAUACCUGCAGUUAAUAAUAAAACUUCAAAACAUAGGAAGCAAAACAUUGAAUAGCACAAGGAAAACCUGCAAGUACAGUCUCUCUCUCUCCUCUCUCUCUUUCUCCCCCCCACAUCACCCCCAGUUGACAAGCUGAAGGGAAUUAUCAGGAAACACACAUUUUAAAAGGCCCAACGCAUAAGCUUGAACCAACAGAGCCGUAGAGUACGAUAAAUCCAACAACUAGGCAGGAAUUAUCAGGAAACACACAUUUUAAAAGGCCCAACGCAUAAGCUUGAACCAAUAGAGCCGUAGAGUACGAUAAAUCCAAUCAAGGCACAAAACCAUUUUUGAAAGCUGGCCUCGUACUUGAGCCUUAAGGCAAGUUUCAUCAAAUUUCAAGCUCAACGUUCUUGGGCCACAAGGCAAAUGGGCUUAGAAAUCGCUAACACAGGGAUUAACUUCUUGUUCGUUUGCGGAAAUGCAAAAUGGUGUUAAGACCUGUAACAUUUUCUGCAGUCCCUCUAAAUUCCUUCUUUGAAUAAUCGAUUCCUAGAACAGGACGCGACGGACCAAGCCGGGUUAAACUGCCCACAGCUACAUUGGGCAGCAUGUCCACCCCUGAUGACCAAAUCCCACCAAACGUGCAGCUGGCACUCGGCCGCCUUUGUUUCCUUCCCCUAGAAUAAAACUCCGCUGCUUUCCCACGUUCCUGGAGCAGCAGCCGGAAUAAAGCGCCCAUGGCCUUGCCCUUGGAGUCUCGGAGGAUGUUUGCCACUCCGACAAUGGACUUUUAAAUAAUUCAGGGGUCAAAAGGCGUGUGUGGGGGGGGGGAAGAGUUACAAAUCAGCACUUGAAACCGAACACAAACAAAAAUCAAACAAAUCCGAGCUAAUACAACAAAUCAAAACUUGGAUCUUUAGAAGAAAACUUCAACCUUAAUGCUUCCAGGAGGAAAGCAGAAAGGAUAAUGACUGAAUUGUGAAAACGAGCCAAAAUGCUCCACCACUGAUGUCACACACACCUAUGACUCCCUGCACAGAUCCACGGUCCCGGGCGCUGAAUCCCCGCAACUCUCUGCGCCCACAGAGGUUAAACUCUCGCUGCCGGUGACUUCCGCUUCCUGGCCUAAAUCUGACACGCACGACUCCCCCCGCGGCAACUGCACAGGUUCGGUGACAGCCGAGACGCCAGCGUUUCCCGCAGCCGGCCGGGGCCCAGGUCGGAGCUGUAGCCAGUGGGGCCGCCAGCAUCCAGCACAGUGAGCGGCCCCUGGGCGCCACCAGAAAACAUUUGUGGAUGAAUGCGGAGUGAUGACCAUGUGGACACUGUCUUUCCAGGGUUUCUUGGAGCCUCUGCAGAGUCCGGGGGCCAGGCUUCUUAGUGGAAACUGCAGGAUCUUCCUUCUGACCCCUGCUUGCCUCGCCCCAGCAGCUCCGGUUGAGUCCACAGAUGCCAGCUCAGCUUCCAGCUUGGGGAAGAGUGGGGUUGUCAGCAGGAGAGCCUGAGGGCUGAGGCCCAGCGUGAACAUGGCAGCUAAUGGGGACUCUCCCCCAUGGUCCCCGGCCCUGGCUGCAGAGGGACGUGGCAGCUCAUGUGAGUGCUGACCAUGCUGCCUUGAACAGGAUUGUGUCGUUACAGGCUUCAGUGUCAUUUGAGGACGUGACUGUGGACUUCAGCAGGGAGGAGUGGCAGCACUUGGACCCUGCCCAGAGACGCCUGUACUGGGAUGUGACACUAGAGAACUACAGCCACCUGCUCUCAGUGGGGUACCAAGUUCCCAAGUCAGAGGCCGCCUUCAAGUUGGAGCAAAGAGAGGGGCCAUGGACGCUGGAGGGGGAAGCCCCACAUCAGAGCUGUUCAGGUGAGGCUAUUGGGAAAAUGCAGCAACAGGGAAUUCCUGGAGGAAUUUUCUUCCAGUGUGAGAGAUUUGAUCAACCCAUAGGAGAAGAUUCAUUGUGUUCUAUUUUAGAAGAACUGUGGCAAGAUAAUGACCAGCCAGAGCAAUGUCAGGAAAACCAGAAUAACCUUUUAAGUCAUGUGAAAGUAUUGAUUAAGGAGAGGGGCUAUGAACAUAAAAACAUUGAAAAAAUAAUUCAUGUGACUACCAAGCUUGUUCCUUCAAUUAAAAGACUCCAUAACUGUGACACAAUUUUGAAGCAUACUUUAAACUCACAUAGUCAUAAUAGAAACAGUGCAACAAAGAACCUUGGCAAGAUUUUUGGAAAUGGUAACAAUUUCCCCCAUAGCCCUUCCUCUACUAAGAAUGAGAAUGCUAAGACAGGAGCAAAUUCCUGUGAACGUGAUCACUAUGAAAAACAUCUCAGCCACAAACAAGCUCCCACCCACCAUCAGAAAAUUCAUCCUGAGAAGAAGCUUUAUGUGUGUACUGAAUGUGUAAUGGGCUUCACUCAGAAGUCACAUCUGUUUGAGCAUCAGAGAAUUCAUGUUGGAGAAAAGUCCCGUGAAUGUGACAAAAGCAACAAACUCUUCCCCCAGAAACCCCAGGUUGAUGUACAUCUGAGUGUUUAUACAGGAGAAAAACCCUAUCUGUGUACUCAAUGUGGGAAAGUCUUUACCCUCAAAUCAAACCUCAUUACACAUCAAAAAAUUCAUACCGGGCAGAAACCCUACAAAUGCAGUGAAUGUGGAAAAGCCUUUUUCCAGAGAUCAGACCUCUUUAGACAUCUGAGAAUUCAUACAGGAGAAAAACCUUAUGAAUGCAGUGAAUGUGGAAAAGGCUUCUCCCAGAACUCAGACCUCAGUAUACAUCAAAAAACUCAUACCGGAGAGAAACACUAUGAAUGCAAUGAAUGUGGGAAGGCUUUCACAAGAAAAUCAGCACUCAGGAUGCAUCAGAGAAUCCACACGGGAGAGAAACCUUAUGUAUGCACUGACUGUGGGAAGGCCUUCGUCCAGAAAUCACAUUUCAACACACAUCAGAGAAUUCAUACUGGAGAAAAGCCGUAUGAAUGCAGUGACUGCGGGAAAUCCUUCACUAAGAAGUCACAACUCCAUGUGCAUCAAAGAAUUCACACCGGAGAGAAACCCUAUAUAUGUACAGAAUGUGGAAAGGUCUUCACUCACAGGACAAACCUCACCACACAUCAGAAAACUCAUACUGGGGAAAAACCCUAUAUGUGUGCUGAAUGUGGAAAGGCUUUUACUGACCAGUCAAAUCUCAUUAAACACCAGAAAACUCACACUGGAGAGAAACCCUAUAAGUGCAACGGCUGUGGAAAAGCCUUCAUAUGGAAGUCACGCCUCAAAAUACAUCAGAAAUCUCAUAUUGGAGAGAGACACUAUGAAUGCAAGGAUUGCGGGAAAGCCUUCAUCCAGAAAUCAACACUAAGCGUGCAUCAGAGAAUCCAUACAGGAGAGAAACCCUAUGUUUGUCCUGAAUGCGGGAAGGCCUUUAUCCAGAAAUCGCACUUCAUUGCACAUCAUAGAAUCCAUACUGGAGAGAAGCCCUAUGAAUGCAGCGACUGUGGGAAAUGCUUCACUAAGAAGUCACAACUCCGUGUGCAUCAGAAAAUCCACACAGGUGAGAAGCCCAAUAUAUGUGCUGAAUGUGGAAAGGCCUUCACUGACCGAUCAAAUCUCAUAACGCAUCAGAAAAUCCACACUAGGGAGAAACCCUAUGAAUGCGGUGACUGCGGGAAAACCUUCACCUGGAAGUCACGCCUUAAUAUACAUCAGAAGUCUCAUACUGGAGAAAGACACUAUGAAUGUAGUAAAUGUGGGAAAGCUUUCAUCCAGAAAGCCACACUAAGUAUGCAUCAGAUAAUUCAUACAGGAAAGAAACCUUAUGCUUGUACAGAAUGUCAGAAGGCCUUUACUGACAGAUCGAAUCUCAUUAAACACCAGAAAACGCAUAGUGGAGAAAAAUGCUAUAAAGCCAGUGACUGAGAAAGUCUUCACCUGGAAAUCACAACUGGGUAUGCAUCAGGUAUCUAAUAGUAGGGAGGAGGAAGGCCUGUUGCUGCAAUCGUUGUGCAGGGGCAAAUGGGUAUGAGAGACUGAGGCUUGAGUGAACUGAAGGCAAACAGAGCCAAGUAUCCUUCAGUCCACUGGAAAGACAAGUUCCUGCAUCACCACAGUGUAUAUGCAAUUCUAUGCAUAGGAAGAGCCUUUAGAGAAAGCAUUUGAGCGAAAGUCAUGUUUGGUGACAUGAUUCAUACAGACCUCUUGAGCUCCUGGAAAUAGUAGAAUUAAGACCUGAGGAGAUGAUUGUCAUCUCUUAUGCUUCACUUUUUGGAUAAAGAACUUUUUAAAUUCAGUACUGAUUAGUUCAGCGUAUCCUGGGACAUAAAAGUACUCACUACUGGGAAAAACUUUUUCAAAUUUCUGGGUUGAGGAGAAGAGUUUUCAUUGUCCAAACACUGGCAGGGCACUGACAUCAAGGCAGAAAACCUACUUGAGAAUGCAGAUAUCUGUUUUUGUGAUCAUUGGCACUUAAGACACAGAAAAGAUUCCCAUGAAAAACUGUUUUUUCUUUCCUCUUCCCUUAGGAAGUCCUCAUGGUAUAUCUAUUUUAAGUGCAACAGAAUUUUUAAAUUUAAAGGUAUAACUUUAUGAAUUGAGAAAUUAGGCCUAGCUCUAGCCUAUGUUACAGAAAUAUAGUCAUUGAAUGAUACAAACAUAUAAAGGUAGUAGUGGUCUCAUUAUUAAUUCUCUGCUGGGAGAGCAGGUGAGUCAUACCCUAUAAGAAGUAUGCAUGCCUUCUAACCUAUGUCCCCAAAGCUGCCAUUUGCAUAAGCUGCAGGCCAUAGAUUCCUGAUCCCCUCAGUAACUGACCCUACGACAAUGGAACUGAUCCACGGCACUCUAGAUUUUCAGGCUAACCCACCAACACCCCUGCUUUCCUUGGGAUUUCCUGAAAAAGAAUGGUUGAAAAAUUGAGUUUCACUUCCUAAUAUUUUGUUUUUCUUCCUAUUUGGUUAAGGUAUAUUCAUUUCCUACAUGCACUUUAAGGGUAGUUUUGUGUAGACUGCUAUGUGAUAAAGUCAUGUUGCAUUGCAAUUAUUCUAAGACAUAAUUACAGUUUAUCAUAGUUGAAUAACUGGAAGACUUCUCAAGAAAGAGCACUGCUCUUUUUUAACACUGAUAUAUAAACACGUUCUCAUUUUCCCUUAAACAUUUUUUACAAUACUCAUAAAAAGGAACUUUCUUUCUAGGAUGUAAUCGUAUUUUUAUUUUAUUUUAAAAUCUUUUUAUUAAACUAUAAUGUAUACAGAAAAUGCAUAUAUCAUAAACAUACAGCUCAGUGCAUUCUCAAAAACUGAACAUACUCAGAUCAAGAAACAGAACAUGACCAGCACCCCAGAAGCCUUCCCCACUUUCCCUUCCAGGCAAGCCCCCAAGGGUAUACACUAUCCUGGCUUCUCACAGCAUAGAUUCAUUUUGCCUGUUUUGUAUUUUAUAUAAAUUGAGUCAAUUAUAUAUCAUAUAAUUGAGCCAUAUACUCUUUAGCAUCUGUCUUCUGUCAUUCACAUUAUGUAUGUGAGGGUCAUCCAUAUGUUGCAUAUAGUUGUAGAUAAUUCAUUCUCAUUGUCAUGUUGUAUCCCAUUCUGUGAAUAUGCUGCAAUAUAAUUUAUCCAUUCUACUGUUUGUAGACAUUUGGGUUGUUUGCAGCUUGGGCUAUUAGGAAUUGUGCUGCUGUGUAUUGGUGAACAUCUGUAUGUAUUCCUGUUAGGUAUGUACCUAAGUGUAUCCAUAUGUUCAGCUAUAUGUUAUAAAACCAGUUUUCAAGUGGUUGUACCAGUGUACACUCCCACCAACCCAGUAUGCGAGUUCUAGUGCUCUACAUGCUUGCCAACAUUUGGCAUUUUCCAUCUUUUUUACUAUAGCCAUUAGUGGUGGGCAUAUAGUGAUAUGUCAGUUUUAGUUUUCGGUUUUAUUUUCUUGUCCUUCAAACCAUUGUAGUAUCUCCCCAGGAUAGAUGAGUGAUGGCUGAGACCUGAGACCUAGGCCUGUUCCUCACAUGACUGCACCAUUUUACAUUCUAUCAGUGUAUGAGGGUUCUGGUUUCUCCACAUCCUUACCAACUCUUAUUAUUAUCAGUCUUUUUUAUUAUAGCUAUCCUAGUACAUGUGAAGUGAUAUUGUGAUAUUAAUUUACAUUGCCCUAAUGAUUAAUAAUAUUGAUCAUCUUUUAUUGAGAAUCUUUGAUGAAGUGUCUGUUUAAAUCUUUUGCCCA